GUUGUUACAAUAAAAUUUCUUUAUGGGACUAUAAUUAUGGUUGUUUGGGCAGCUUCAAGAUCCAGUACCAUAAAUAUCUUCAACUGCUUCAACACCUAAAAUUCUCGAAGAUGUUUUCUUGGGAAAAACACUUCGACGCUCAAGUUAACAAUACUCAAUAUUCUAAAGAGAGAUGCUCUCAAAAAUUUUUGGUCUUUGUCGGUGGAAGCUUGGAUAAGCCUCCAGAAGGCUCCCAAAAGCCUCAUUUGGUUUUCCUAUACUUUCCUCUUCCACCUACAUCCUUUCUUCCUCCUUUCUCCAACCAAGAUUAAGGUCCUUUUGUUAAGUAAGUAUAAGUUUUAGUUAUGAAUUUUGAGUUAGAGUUUUGGGUAAUUUAAAUUGGUGAGAUUUGGCUUUAAUCCUUUGGUUUAUAAGAUUUUUGGGUAUUAAACUUUUAUUAGAAAUAUCCUUAAUUUUGGGGUUUCUAUGGCAAAGAUAGUGAGUUAGUCCUUUCUAUGGUUUGAUUUGGGUGUGAUUUUUGCUACAGGAAUUAGAAGGAAAUUGUAUUAUUUGUGAAUUACUGUUCAUGAUUACUGUUCACAAUUACUGUUCAUGGUUACUGUUUACAAUUACUGUUCACGGUUACUGUUUAAAAUUACUGUUUACGGUUACUGUUCACAAUUACUGUUCACGCAUUAUGCUUUGAUCUCUUCCAAUAGGGGAUCCUAAUAUUAUUUUGGACAUAUUAUGAAUUUGUUUGACAUGCGUAUGUGUUUGUAGCUAUGGAGUAAGUGGACUUAAGCUUAAAGCUUGGGGUAUUCAGUGGACCCUUCGGGGUAUUUAGUAGACCUCUGCGCAGUAGGGUUAGUACCGUGAUUAGUUCCGGUACAGUAUUGCUAGCACACCUCAGUGGACUCCAUAGCAUUGUGUGAUUUUCGAUUUUAUGCAUUGCGCUUGUGACAUCAUAUUU